AUGCGAUUCUUUGGCGAAUCCAUAGUCCUGGCGGCGCUGAUCGCCGCGGGUCUCUCGCAAGCACAAGUCUUAAUCAAUGAGCUCAGCUUUGGCCAUUCUGGUCGCCUGGGUGCUGGUGAUGGAAAGAUUCCUCACUUCACAAUCGCUGGCCAGCCCAACCAGCCAGAGCUCCUGUCCAACAAGGUCAUUCUUACACCAAUGGACCCGGGCAAUCAACGAUCAUCGAUCUGGUCGGAUUCACCUCUUACGCGCUCAACCUGGGUGGCAGAUGUGGACUUCCGUGCCAGUGGACCAGACCGAGCGGGCGGAAACUUGAACAUUUGGUUUGUGAGGCGAGGUAGGGAGGAAGUUGGUACCAACAGCGUCUAUACUGCUGGAAAAUUUGACGGGUUGGCCUUGGUUAUUGAUACACAUGGUGGUGCUGGUGGCAUGAUCCGUGGUUUCCUGAACGAUGGCAAUGUAGACUACGUGUCACAACCUAACGUGGACAAACUCGCAUUUGGACAGUGCAACUACUUCUACCGCAACCUUGGUCGUCCAUCACAGCUGAAACUUCGCCAAACUGUUUCAAGCUUCAAAGUCGAGAUUGACGGCCAUCUAUGCUUCGAGACGGACAAGGUUUCGCUUCCCGCGGGAUACCACUUUGGUAUAACGGCUGCCACUCCCGAUAAGCCCGACUCUUUCGAAGUCUUCAAGCUCGUUGUCAUGUCUGACUCAACGGUUUCUGGAGAUAACAGCCAACAGUACGGCUCUCGACACCAGCAGCCCGACCAUAACCAGGCACAGCAAGGUCAGCAAAACAAGAAUGACGGGGUUGGCAACACCAUCCCCGACCGGCCUGCCGAGGUCUACAAAACCUCUAUGGAACAAUUCCAGGAUCUUCAUAACCGCCUCCAGUCUGUCAGUCACCAGAUUACCGGAGUUUACAACUCCGUAUCGAAACACCACCAGAUGGACGAGGCUCGACACGAUGAGAUGAAGAAGGCGUUUGAUUCUCUGCGCCACGAGCUUGCUGCUAUUCGUCAAAUUGGCGAUCUCCAGUCCAAGAUUAAGGAGCUCGAAACUGAAAUUCACAGCAUGCACCACGACAUGAGGCAGAAGCUUGCUACUCACGGAGAGACGGUCGAAGCCAACUUGCACCAGCACCACCGUCACCUCACUGCUGCUUUGACUGAUAGUAUUCCCGGCCACGGAAAGCUGAUGUUCUUCUUUGUCGGCACACAAAUCCUCCUGGUGGCAGGAUAUGUGGUGUAUAAGCGUCGUAGAGCGAACAGCCCCAAGAAGUAUUUGUAA